AUGAAGAUUUUCGUAUGCAUGUUGGCCAUUUGCGCCGUAGCCAAUGCUGGUUUCUUAGGAGGUGGUGGCGGUAGUGGCGGCGGUGGUGGUGGUUGGUCCAGCGGUGGAGGUGGCGGCGGCGGUGGCUGGUCUAGCGGUGGAGGUGGUGGCGGCGGCGGCUGGUCAAGCGGCGGAGGUGGCGGUGCUUCCUCUGGAGGUGUGAAAAUCAUUAAAAUCAUCUCCGACGGAGGAGCUGGCGGCCAUGGAGGCGGUGGCGGAGGUGGGGGUUGGUCUUCCGGAGGAGGUGGAGGCGGUUAUGGUGGCGGCCAUGGCGGUGGUCACGGUGGUGGUCAUGGCGGUGGUGAUGUACAAAUCAUUAAAGUCAUCUCUCAGGGUUCAUCUGGCGGCGGUCAUGGAGGUCAUGGCGGUCACGGCGGCGGUGGCUGGUCAUCCGGUGGUGGUUCCGCUCCUGCACCAGCUCCAGUUAAAAUUAUCAAGGUCAUCUCUGAAGCUGCUCCUUCAGGCGGCGGUGGUGGCGGUUGGUCAUCAGGUGGUGGUGGCGGUGCUGGUGGUUGGUCUGCUGGCGGUAGUGGUGGCUGGUAACUCCGUAGCCAUACCAUUGCUCAUACAUAAAUCUCGAUUGUUUAGUUAACUUUGUGAUAUUUUUUUAACUGAAAAAUCGAAAAGUUCAUUUGUUGUUAUUGACUUGUAUCUCACUUCAUUUUUGAAG